CUGUGCUGUCUGCCCCUCGGCGCCGCUCCCCUCCCCUCCCCUCCCCGCGUCGGGUCCCGGUGACGUUCGGAUGCUGGGGAAGGAGGAGGCGGAGGCGGAGGAGGGGAAAGGAUCGCGGGUCCCUCCGCCCCCAGUCGGGGACGGUCCGUUAGCGGGAGCGCAGGGCCGGGACGGCGGUGCCCGGGACGAGUUUGCGGCAGCGCCACCGGAGCCCUCUCCGCCCGCAGGCGCUGCUCCCUGCGGCUCCCUGCGGGAUCUGUGCCCCGGCGGCCGCGGCAGCAUGGACCCCUCGGCGGCGGGACGGCCGGGGGCGGCGGGCCGCCUCCUGCUCCUGCUGGCGGCCGCCUCGCUCCUUCGCCUCCGCGCGGCAGGUGAAAUGGAAAUUCCAGAUACAAAUGACCCCUUAGGUCAUGUGGAUGGACUUGAGAGACCAAUUCCAACACCUAAAGGUUAUUUCCUGACCUUCUUGGAACCAGUAAACAAUAUCACUGUAGUCCAGGGGCAAACAGCAAUCCUCCACUGCAAGGUAGCAGGAAAUCCAUCUCCGAAUGUCAGAUGGUUAAAAAAUGAUGCUCCAGUGGUUCAGGAGCCAAGACGGAUCAUCAUCAGAAAAACAGAUUAUGGUUCACGUCUGAGAAUCCAGGAUCUGGAUACCACAGACACAGGAUACUACCAGUGCGUGGCUUCAAAUGGGAUGAAGACAAUAACUGCAACAGGAGUUUUGUUUGUCAGGCUUGGUCCAACAAACAGCCCAAAUCACAAUCUUCAAGAAGAUUACCAUGAAGAUGGGUUCUGUCAGCCAUAUAGGGGAAUUGCGUGUGCACGAAUCAUUGGAAACAGAACCAUUUAUGUGGACUCCCUCCAGAUGCAAGGGGAAAUUGAAAACCGAAUUACUGCUGCGUUUACCAUGAUCGGCACUUCGACACAUUUGUCUGACCAGUGCUCGCAGUUUGCUAUACCUUCCUUCUGCCACUUUGUGUUUCCCCUGUGUGAUGAGCGUUCUCGGACCCCGAAGCCACGGGAGCUGUGCCGGGAUGAAUGUGAAGUUCUGGAGAAUGAUCUGUGUAGGCAGGAGUACAACAUUGCUAGGUCAAACCCCCUCAUCCUGAUGCAGCUGCAGUUGCCUAAGUGUGAGGACCUCCCACGACCAGACACCUUGGAGGCUGCCAACUGCAUAAGAAUUGGGAUCCCUGUGGAGAGGCUGAGCCGAUAUCAUCAGUGCUACAAUGGCUCUGGAGCUGACUACAGAGGGACUGUCAGUGUUACCAAGUCUGGCCACACUUGCCAACUCUGGGAUUCACAGAGUCCCCACAACCAUGAUCUGACAAGCACACAGUUUCCAGAACUAGGUGGAGGACAUGCGUAUUGUCGAAAUCCUGGAGGUCAAAUGGAUGGUCCCUGGUGUUUUACAAAGAAUAAAAACGUACGCAUGGAACUGUGUGACAUACCUUCUUGUAGUCCACAUGACAACAGCAAAAUGGGAAUCCUCUACAUCCUUGUUCCCAGCAUAGCCAUCCCUCUGGUGAUAGCCUGCCUUUUCUUCCUGGUCUGUAUGUGCAGAAACAAGCAGAAGGCAUCUGCUGCUACACCACAGCGACGCCAGCUGAUGGCAUCGCCCAGCCAAGACAUGGAAAUGCCUCUCAUUAAUCAACACAAACAGGCUAAGCUUAAAGAAAUUAAUCUGUCUACUGUGCGAUUUAUGGAGGAGCUAGGAGAGGAGAGGUUUGGCAAAGUCUACAAGGGACAUCUCUUUGGUACAGCACCAGGUGAACAGACACAAGCUGUUGCCAUUAAGACACUUAAAGACAAAGCAGAACUGGCUCUUCGGGAAGAAUUUAAACAUGAGGCAAUGAUGAGAUCACGAUUACAGCACCCAAACAUAGUUUGCUUGCUAGGAAUAGUGACAAAGGAGCAGCCUAUAAGUAUGAUAUUUAGUUAUUGUUCCCACAGUGAUCUCCAUGAGUUCUUGGUGAUGAGAUCUCCCCACUCAGAUGUUGGCAGCACUGAUGAUGACAAGACAGUAAAAUCCACUCUGGAACCAGCAGAUUUUUUUCACAUUGUGACUCAGAUAGCUGCAGGAAUGGAAUAUCUUUCUAGCCACCAUGUUGUCCACAAGGACUUGGCCACUAGAAAUAUACUGGUGUUCGAUAAACUGAAUGUGAAAAUAUCUGAUUUAGGCCUUUUUAGAGAAGUUUAUGCUGCUGAUUACUACAAACUGAUGGGAAAUUCCCUUCUUCCUAUCCGGUGGAUGUCCCCUGAGGCUAUUAUGUACGGCAAGUUUUCUAUUGACUCGGAUAUAUGGUCAUACGGAGUUGUGUUGUGGGAAGUUUUCAGCUAUGGCCUGCAGCCGUACUGUGGUUAUUCCAACCAGGAUGUCAUUGAGAUGAUCAGGAACCGACAAGUUUUGCCAUGUCCUGAUGACUGCCCCACAUGGAUAUACACAUUGAUGUUGGAGUGUUGGAAUGAAUUUCCCAACAGAAGACCAAGAUUUAAAGAUAUACAUAACAGACUAAGAACGUGGGGGAACCUUUCUAAUUACAACAGCUCAGCGCAAACUUCUGGGGCAAGCAACACCACACAAACAAGUUCUCUCAGCACAAGCCCUGUUAGCAAUGUCAGCAAUGCUAGAUACAUUGGACCAAAGCAGAAAACUCCAGCCUUCCCUCAACCUCAGUUCAUACAAAUGAAAGGCCAGAUGAGACCAAUGGUCCCACCUCCUCAGCUCUACAUUCCGGUCAAUGGUUACCAGCCAAUGCCUGCCUAUGGUGCUUACUUGCCAAAUUUUUAUCCCGUCCAAAUUCCAAUGCAAAUGGCUCCUCAGCAAAUACCUCCCCAGAUCAUUCCCAAACCAGGCUCCCACCACAGCGGGAGUGGGUCUACCAGCACAGGCUAUGUAACAACGGCACCUUCCAAUGCAUCGGUGGCCGACAGGGCUGCUCUGCUGUCAGAAGGCACGGAUGACACACACAAUGGAACGGAAGAUAUUGCCCAGAACCCUGUCCAGGAGGAGGAGGAAGAAGAGGGCUCUGUGCCUGAAACAGAAUUGCUGGGUGAUAAUGACACACUUCAGAUGGAUGAAGCAGAAAUUCAGUCAGAAGCCUAA